UAAGGAUGUAUACAUUAUUUCAGUUACAUACUUUUUUUUUGUCAAUAAUUUGCAUUCAAAAUUCCAAUUGAAAUUUUUUAAAUUCUUUUCAUAAACGAAAUAAGUAUCGACUUGUAUUUUCUAUAUCGGAAAAAUUUUGAGAUAUAAAAUGAUUAAAAUGAUGUCGUGGUUCGUGAUCACCGUUUUUGCAUUCGGUUUUAUUUCUGCAUCCACAAUACCAGUUGCUCAGCAAGAUCGAAUGAAUCUGUUCCUGUUGCGUACCGCAAUUGAGAAAGGUAAUGUAAGUGAAACCAUGCGUUUAAUUCAACAAGGAAUAGAUCUAAAUGCUCGAUUUGACGAUGGACAAUCUCCAAUUCAUUUUGCUGCAGAGAUGGGUAAUUUGAAUGUUAUUGAAACUCUGAUUGAUCAUGGCUCAAAUGUCAACGAUAGAGAUGAUGAUACCCAGCAGACACCUCUUCAUUUUGCUGCAGAGAAGGGCCAUGCGGAUGUUGUCAAAUAUCUCAUCCAACACGGAGCUUUGGUUAACGUCAAAGAUAGUGAUGGAGGGACUCCACUUCAUGAAGUGGGUUGGAAUGUUGAUGCGAACGUUACCAAUGUUCUCAUAAAGUACGGUGCGAAUGUUAAUGCUGAGGAUUAUAGUGGGACUACGCCGCUUCAUAGAGUUGCCUUAUUGGGUGUGCCCGAUGUUGCCAGAAUCUUAAUAGAGCAUGGUGCCAAUGUCAAUGCUAUAGACAGGAGUGGAACAUCCGUACUUCACAAGGCCGCCAGCAAUAGUAGAGCGAAGGUCACUGAAGUUCUUAUCAAACAUGGAGCCCAUAUUGAUGCCAUCGAUUUUUCAAAUGGACAAAUGACUCCGAUUCAUUAUGCCGUGGCACAGGGACUGGGUGAUGUUGUAAAAGUUCUCAUUGAUAAUGGGGCCAACGUAAAUGCUAAGAGUAAAUUUGGCAAAAUGCCGCUUGAUUUCGUUGCGCCGAAUGGUGAGGAACAUAUAGAAAAAAUGCUCAUCGAAAAAGGUGCACAUCAUUGAAGUUGCCAGUGAAAAAAUAGUACGAUUCAAUGUGUCCAAAAUGCAUAUUUUCAAGAUAGAUAGAUAUCUAAUAUCGUGCGAUAUUUCCUAGCGGACGCUUAAUACACACUGCCGCAUUAUCCUAUACUAAAUCAAAGUUCCGCCGCACACAUAGGAAAAAACGAAUGCAAGCAAGCGAUGCGAAUAUUCUGUUAUGCUGCUUUUCUUUAUGUGUACGACGGGACGUUGAUUCAGAAUGACAUAAUGUCUGUGAAGCGUUCGAAAGCAAAUAUUGUACGAUAAUAGGGAGAUACUUGUCUUAUGCGAUAUUGAAAAUAUGCUUUUUGGACACAUUGCCACAAUUGAAUCAAUUUAAUCGAUUUUUUAAAACAUUUUUUGGUCAAUCACAAAUCCCAAAGUCAUUCUAUUUCUUAAAUAGUUGAGACAAAAUAUGUAAUAAUGCUAAGAGAAUAAAGAAAAUGGAAAUUUUUGCCUCGAGCCUCGAGAUAAAUCA